AUGAUCAAUAACGCUGAUGCCAACAGCACGCCAAAAAGAAGCGCUAAGAGGUCUUCGGCGGAGUACAUGCGGGCCAUGGCUUCACCCACUACUUUGCAUGACACCGAUAUAGAAUCGCCGGAAACUCCGUCACCACCUCGUAAUGGUAGACGUUCCUCGGCGUCUUUGGGAUUCUUGGCUUCCCCUUUGCAUCCCCGGGCGGAAGCAGCGUUGGGCAAGAGUGGAGCACAUGAAAGUGCAUUUAUUAUCCCCCAAUCACCUAGGGGCAAGUCAAGACUACUGCCACCUACCACUCCCAAAUCCAGAAAUGCGGAAGUAUUUCUAUCACCGUCACCGAAACUGAAGUCUCCAAAUAUACAAAAGGAAAAUGGUAAGCCUAUAAGAGAGAUAUCCAAUGGACUCAAAGCACGACUCAACUAUGCCUUAGUCAAGUUACAAAACGGAUGGGUAGAUAAAACACUUUCAGAGCUAGAGCAGGAGCUAGAAAAUCCUAAACAUAGUAAGCGACAUAGCCUAGAAGCUGUCGAAGAGAAUGCUUUUACAAAUGGUGGUCCAAGUGGGCUAACUAGUGCCUUACUAAAAGGCUCCUCAUACAAUAACGAAUUUCUAAGUACUGAAAGUCAAUCAGAUGUUAAGGAAGACCUUGAAACUGCAGAAGAUGAUGAUAACAGUAAUUCUGCACAUAUAGCAUUUCUGAAAGCGCUUUCCAGUCCGAAAAGAAAAACAAGCCAAGAUACGUCAGCUUCACCUCUACGAUGGUCUAAACAGAAGGCUCCAGUCAACGCCCUGAAGAAAAAUAAGGACCAACCUUCUGAGGUAGAAGCUAUUGAAACCCUCAUGUCACUUUCCUCGCCGCAGAGGCCACGCUCUACACAGGACUUCACGUUACCUGUACCCCCUAAGAUAUCACGCGUAAAAGCACCAGUAAUAUCCCCUGCAUCCUCUACAUCUUCAGCAUCUCCAGACCCGUUGGGAAACAAUAAGUCAGCGAGAGAAAGAGAAGACUUUGACUCCAUGAUCAUUCCCAUAAUGCAGAAGCAGUCAUCAGAAUCAUCUGCAGAGUCGCUGCAGAAAUCACUACAUGCUGAAACAACUGUGCCUUUGGAGUACGACCAACAACAAACGGAUAUAGAGACAGACGUUGAGGUUUCAGAAAAUGAACAACACGUUUAA